CAGACAGACGGACGGACGGACAGACAGACACACACACGAGGUGCUCUGCAUCCACACCGUCCCAUCCCUGAGCUGCUGCAGUUUUGUCCCGGUGCAACCAUGUGGGCUGCGUUGCUGCUGCUGCUGCUGCCCCCGUGCCUGGCUGUGCUGCUGCUGGGGCUGCUGGCACAACGCCUGCUGGGCUCUGCUGGGAAUCCUUUUGCAAAACCACCUUCCCGACCUCCCCGACCCUUGGUGAUGGAUCAGCACGCCCGGAACAGAGUGCUGAAAAGGGGGUUCAGUGCUGCACGUGUGCCGCAGGAUUUGGAUGCUGUUGUCAUUGGCAGUGGCAUUGGGGGGCUGGCAGCUGCAUGCAUCCUGGCCAAGGUGGGCAAACGUGUGCUGGUGCUGGAGCAGCACGACCAGGCUGGGGGCUGCUGCCACACCUUCCAGGAGCAGGGCAGUGAGUUUGAUGUGGGCAUCCACUACGUGGGGCAGAUGCACGAGGGCAGCAUGCUGCGCGUGGUGCUGGACCAGCUGACAGAUGGGCAGCUGUGCUGGCAGCGCCUGCCUGACCCCUAUGAUGAGGUGGCCCUGGGUCCACGCUGCUAUCAGCUCCGUGCUGGCAAAGCUGCCUUCGUUGCUGCAUUGGAGGAGCAGUUUCCUGAGGAGAAGGAGGCGAUCCGGGAGUUCAUGAGGCUGUCCAAGCUGGCCUCCAGGCACGUGGCGCUGCUGGCGCUGCUGAAGAUGGCGCCGCGCUGGCUGGCGGCCGCCUUGGUGCGCAGCGGGCUGCUGCACUGCCUGUCGCCCAUCUUCCGCAUGGCGGCCACCAGCCACAGCGAGGCGGUGGCCCGGCUGACGGCCAACCAGGACCUGCGCGCCCUGCUCAGCUACCUCUUCUAUGGCACCGCACCCCGCGACUCCAGCUUCCUGGUGAACGUGCUGAUGGUUCACCACUACCAGCGCGGCGCCUGGUACCCGCGGGGGGGGGCCAGCGAGAUCGCCUUCCACACCGUGCCCCUCAUCGAGCGCGCAGGGGGCGCCGUGCUGGUGAGAGCCGCUGUCACACGCAUCCUCAUCUCUGGUGGCAGCGCUGUGGGGGUGGCUGUGCAGAAGGGCAGUGAGGAGGAGGAGGUGGAGAUCAGGGCACCUGUUGUCAUCUCCGAUGCUGGGACCUUCAACACCUUUGGCAAGCUGCUGCCCGCCCCGCUGCGCGCCCACCCCGCCAUCCGCUCUCGCCUGGCCAUGGUGCAGCACGGGAUGGGCUCCUUCCUGGUGUUUGUGGGGCUGCGGGGCAGCGCAGCCGAGCUGGACCUUCCAGCCACCAACUUCUGGAUCUACCCUCACAACGACCUGGACGCCAUGAUGAGCAAGUACGCUGCCCUGAGCCGCGAGGACGUCCCUGAGAACCUGGCCAUGAUGUUCAUCACCUUCCCUGCUGCCAAGGACCCCACCUACGAGGAGCGGCACCCAGGCCGCUCGUGCAUGACCAUCCUGACCAUGGCACGCUACGAAUGGUUCGAGGGCUGGGCAGGGACUCUUCCCAGGCACCGUGGGGACGAUUACCUGCACUACAAAGCCGACAUCGCCCAGCGCCUCCUGCAGCGCGCACUGCUGCGCUUCCCCCACCUCCGCGACAAGGUGGAGUUCGUGGAGGCGGCGUCGCCGCUCAGCAAUGCGCAUUACCUGGCGGCGCCGCGCGGGGAGAUGUACGGCGCUGAGCACGACCUGCGGCGCUUCAGCCCCGAGGUGGUGGCAGCCAUGAGGGCGGACACCCCCGUCAGGAACCUCUACCUGACUGGUACGUGGCCGUCCCCACCUCCUGUGUGCCCGCGUCCCCGUGUCUGUGUGUCCCCAUGUCCCCGUGCGCUCCAUGUCCCCACAUCCCCGCAUCCCCGUGUCUCCUGUUCUUGUUUCUUUGUGUCCCCAUGUCUCCACGUCCCAGAGUCCCCCUGUCUCCAUGACCCCAUUUCCCCAUGCCUGUGUCCCUAUGAUUCCAUGUCCCAUCUCCCCAUGUCCCCACAUCUGUGUGUCCCCGUGUCUGUGUGUCCCCAUGUCCCCGUGUGCUCCAUGUCCCCACAUCCCUGCAUCCCCAUGUCUCCUGUUCCUGUUUCUCCAUGCCCCCGUGUCCCCACGUCCCAGAGUCCCCAUGUCUCCGUGACCCCAUUUCCCCAUAUCUGUGUCCCUAUGAUCCCACGUCCCAUGUCCCCAUGUCCCCACAUCCGUGUCCCCAUGUCUCCAUGCUCCCACAUCCCCAUGUCACCACGUCUGUGUUCCCAUGUCCCCCUGUGCCCAUGUCCCCACAUCUCUGCAUCCCUGUGUCCCCGUAUCCCCAGGUGUCCUGUUCUUGUUUCUUCAUGUCCCCAUGUCCCCAUAUCCCUGUAUCCCCAUGUCCCCAUGUCUAUGUGUCCUCAUACCUAUGUGUCCCCGCAUCCCCAUGUUGCCAGGUCCACAUAUUCCAUCUCCAAGUGUCCCCAUGCCCCUGUAUCCCCACAUCCCCAUGUCUGUGUGUCCCCACGUCCCCAUGCCCCCUCUUUCCAUGUCCCCCUGUCCCCGUGUCCCAUGUCCCCAUGUUUCCAUGCCCAGCUUCAGCCAGGCUCUCCUUACACCUGGAAUGUCCCAUGGGGUGCCAAAUCCCCAUGGGGUGCCAAAUCCCCAUGGCAGUGGCUGUGUCCCCAUGUCCCCAUGGGGUGGCCGUGUCACAGCCGGGUCUCGUCCCCAGGGCAGGACGUGUUCAGCUGUGGGCUGGCAGGGGCUGUUCAUGGGGCGCUGCUGUGCACCUCAGCUGUGCUGGGCCGUGUGCUGUACGUGGAUCUGCUGCGGCUCAAGAGGAGGGAGAAGGCAGCAAUGCGUGGUGUGAGAGCGGGGGGUGCAGCACAGUGAUGGGGGGGGACGG